UUGGGAAUUUACAAUGCAGGAUGCAUCUUGACAAUGUGGAAGCAUGUUUUUAGGGUUUUUGUAAAGUUAUUCAAGGUCACAGCUAAAAUAUCUUAUUUACAAAAGUAUUAACAUCCUUUGCUUUUUAUACUUAUAGCGAAGCAUGGUGGAAGCAGCAUCAUGCUAUAGCAGCAGGGACAGGACAGCUGGUUAGAGCUUAGGGAGCAGUGAAUGCUGCCAGAUCAGAUGUUGAAAAUAACCUGCUCCAGAGUGCAGCAGCCUGAGACUUGAGGAACAGUUAAAAUCUCAGCGUGGCAACGACCUGAAACAGUCAAACAACACUGCAGACUGCAAGCCCCACAGAUCAUCUAUUUAACCUGGAGUUCACACACAGUUCUGUUAUCCACAGCUCUCAUACAGUGUCAGCUGGGAUAGGCUCCAGCACACCACAGCCUUAGACAAUAUAGAAAUGAAUACAAGGAUGGAUGGAUGGAUAAAUGUUAAUGUAGGCUAUUAUUAUAUACCUAACUAUUCAGUUUGCUUCGGUUCCAAAAAUAUGCAUGUCUAAUAAAAUAUCUUUGAAAACAUGAUUAUUUAUGGAGCACUUCUCAGUAUUUACUUCACAAUGCUCAGUACUACAUCUGUUCAUAAGCUUGUUAAGAUGUGUAGUUUAAAAUGUAUAAUGAGCGCUAUGAUUGGACAGGACGAGUUUCUGAGAAAUCUGGCCAGGCUGUUCUGUGUUUUGCUUUCUGUUAUUUACUUCUUCUCAUCAGCGUGGUGACGCCACAGCGUGUUGUCCAGCCUCCUCGCUGCUGAUUGGCUCUUAUGUGGACAGCGAAUUGAUAGACGUGCAGAAUCCAAUCGUUGUCUAAGUAAUUUGUAUUGCAUUCAUGUACGUCGUAAAUCUAAUCGAAGCUGCGUCACUUCUCCAGUCGGAAAGAAAGCAGUUUAACGUGCGUGAUAAAUCUAUUGGCACCUUUGCUAGCUAGUGAAUAAAUAAUUAUUUUACAGCAUAUUUAUUAUUUCAACAGUAGCUACAAUUAUGUGUGAAAUAGCAGCAAAAUUAAGCAGCACUCUUUGGUUGACAUUGGGAGUUGUGAAGGGUCCACAGCACCUGAACGCACCACACGCUGUUUUAGAGGCCAGCUGCUGACCUGUUUGAGUUAAGUUGCGUUCACUAGCGGCAGUGAAAGCGGGCCGAGUUCUCUUCACAGCUGCAGCGACCCGGUAAACCGUCCGCUCUCAGGGACCCCCAGCCCGGCAUGCCCCGCAUGUUCGACCUUAACAACGGCUGGAACCUGUCUUUCGCCGGGUGCGGCUUCCUGGGGAUUUACCACAUCGGAGUGGCCAGUUGCCUGCUGGAGAAAGCAUUCCUUGUCAAAGGGGCCACCAAGCUGUACGGAGCCUCGGCCGGUGCUCUGACCGCCUCGGUGCUCGCCAGCCAAGCAGCUAUAACUAAAUGCUGUGAAGAUGUGCUCGAGGUGGCGAAGGAGGCCAGGAAGAGAAACCUGGGCCCUCUUCACCCAACCUUCAACCUGGUAAAGGUGAUAAGGUCUGGCUUGACUCGCGAUCUACCCUCAGAUGCUCACGUCCUGGCCUCAGGGCGGCUGUGUGUUUCUCUGACCAGGGUUUCCGAUGGGGAGAAUGUGCUGGUGUCGGAGUUCAGCUCCAAAGAAGAGCUCAUCCAGGCACUGAUCUGUAGCUGCUUCAUUCCCAUUUACUGCGGGCUCAUCCCUCCAUCCUUCAGAGGAGUGCGGUACGUGGAUGGUGGGAUCAGUGACAACCUGCCGCAGUCGGAGCUGAAGAACACCAUCACCAUCUCUCCUUUCUGUGGUGAAAGUGACAUCUGUCCCCGAGACAACUCCACCAGCUUCCACGAGCUGCGUUUCACCAACACCAGCAUCCAGCUCAAUCUGGGCAACAUGUAUCGCCUCAGCAGAGCGCUGUUUCCGCCAGAGCCCAAGGUACUGGCAGAGAUGUGUCAGAGUGGUUACAAAGAUGCUCUACGCUUCCUAGAAGAAAACAACCUGCUGAUGCUGCAGCAUCCAACCCCCGGCCCUGCCCUGCCAGAGAGCCCCGCCAGCUGCUGCAAACAAACAGAAACAACCAAGGAGUGGAUGCUCCGGCGGCUCCUCCUGCUGCUAUUCUGCGAGGCUUGCCAAGAUAAAUCUGGACUCUACGCCAAGGUGUCCAAGAUGCUGCCAGUGAGAGUGGCUUCCUACAUGCUCAUGCCGUACACUCUUCCUGUACAGUCAGCCUACUCAGUGGCCCAGAGGUUUGUGGAGUGGAUCCCAGAGGUGCCAGCUGAUGUGCGCUGGCUGUUUGGUGUGGCAGGUAACGUGUACCGACAGGCCUGGAAAGGACAAUCAGUCCACUCUAUCAGUGAGCCAUGCCUGAGGAAAUGCCUGAGCGAGCCGCCUCUACCUUCAGAGUGUGACAGCCCCAUGCCGAGAGACAUCCUGCCUGCUCUGUCCUCCUUUGAUCUCCACGGCAACUACUGGGAGAUCCCCAAAUCUUCCUCCACCGAACCCCAUCCUCCUCUUAUCGCCCCCUCGUCACCACAGCAAGUCUGCUUCUUUGUCGGCUCGCAGGAUGAGUCUCCCAGCCUUGCACCGCAGUAAAGCAAUUCAGGUCCUGAACUUUACCAACGAUGUGGUCCCAUUUUAACUCCAUGGGUGAGGUGCAGCUGGACUGAUGAGUGGUUAAAAAAUAGAAAAAAUGAUCAAUGGUGCAUAAGCGUUGGCCACGUUGACUCUGAACACUCCAGGCAGCACCCAGCAUAUGAUGCUGAAGAUGGAGGAUAGAAGCAUUGCAACUCACUCAGGAUCAAAGAAGACCCGUUUUGAUGCACAGCACAGAAAACUACAAACCUACCUACCUGUUAGUUUUAAAUGUACUCAGAAGUAGCACUCAUUCCAUUUCACUUCUUUUAUUCUGUCUUUACAAAUAGUUCUGUAUCUUCUAUUAAUAAUGUUAGUGGAUUUUAACAGUUGUGUGAUAGCUCUGCUUUUAUGUGGCUUCUGGCAGCCAUAUUGAACGACCAAAAUACAGGUCUAAUAUCUGUCAGUUUUACACAGAGUGACUUUGACAACCUGGUAGCUCUCUGGUAGCUUAUAUUCCUUGACAUGUCAGGUUGAUAGCAUUAUGUUCCUAGAUAGUACACUUUACUUUGCUCCAAUUCCUUGCUGAGUUCAGACUGUAACAGCUAUAGUGCAGGUGGAUGGGAUCAGUGCUGUUUAUGCCAUCAUUUGUCAUUUGUCUGUCCGCUCCAUCUUCACUCCAACUGGUCAAGGCAGAUGGUUGCCCUCCUUGAGCCGGGUGCUGCUGGAGUCUUUUCUUUCUGUUAAAAGGGAGUUUUUUUCUUCCCACUGUCACUAAGUGCUGCUCAGGAACAUUUCUUGGAUUCUCUUUGUACUACUGUAAGGUCGUCACCUUACUAUGUGAAGUGCAAUGAGACAAUAUAUACCUAUAUUUAAAUGAAAAUAUAUGAAUCUUCAGCAAGAGACAGAUUUCAGUCCUGGCUUUGAUACAGAACAACCAGGAGAAAUGCAGUUUGAGUCUGAAUGGAAGACCUUCCAAAAUAGAAAAAACAGACAUUUAUCUGGCUUAGUACAUACAUAUGACAGAUGUGCUACCAUUACACAGCAGGAGUUGGGGAAUAGCAUCACCACCUCAUUAUGACUGAAGUUAAAGCCACCUCAUUAGCAUACAGUUCAUCUCAGUUACAUUCCUUAGCUGAGAUCAUGUAAAAUGACAAUUUAUGACAGUUUACAGUGUAUCGGAGCAUCAAAUAUUGACACAAAUAUAGAUAAGGCACGUAAAAUCAUUCACUUUACUCAUCAGCCACUAACAUUAUUAACCAAUGCUUAGUUGUAGGUUAGUCCAGCCCAUUUUCUACAUGUAAAACCAGCAGCUGACCUGCAUCUUUGGUGCCAGGUGGCAACUGGUAGGUUUUUGACACAGCUGCAAACUCUCUGUAAUGAUUGUGUAAAGUAAUACAGUAAUUGAUUGAUUUGACUUCAUUUGCCAAAUGAAGUCGCUGACUGUGCAACCAGUGUUUUUAAUAGCAGUGUUUUCAUUGGCUACACUGAAAUAUACACAUGCUCUGCAAGGAAGACUGGCUGGGCUACUGUGUACUGGCUCAGCAAAUCCAAACGUUUGCACAUGCCACAAUUAUUGUUUAAUAUGUUGUUUUUUUAAAGAAAAUAACACUUUGAAGACAGACCCAUAACGUAUGUCUGCUGCAGAGGCUGUGCUGCCUUCUUUAUGCUUCAAACAUCAACUAAAUAUGUAACUUUCUUAAACCUUCAGCUUAUAUCUGUCUCAUGUCACUUAUCACUUGAAUGUAUAGGUAUGUUCAUACACUGUGUUAUUGUAAGAUAAAACAAUUUCAAGUAACUGA